UGGAUGAUGAUCUAUUCAUCGCCUUGGCCUGGAUUUUCCUUAGGAGACGAACUAGGCUUUAGCCAAUCACUCUCCAAUUUGGAAAGUAGCAAAAGAAGAAGCGUUCAAACGAACAAAAUUAAUGGAGUUGCGUUUACUCCUUUGAAUGCAGCAAGCAAUCGGGAUGACAUCCGUGCAGGAUCAGUAAAUAACCGUCAAGUAGUACCGCCCUUCAAGCCGUUGCCUAUCGGAACGGUCAGACCGAUGACCCAGCAACCUGAACGUCAAAAACUCAUAGUGAACGCAACAGCUCUUAAAACAGCACCAGUGAUUUCAGCGAUGCAGCAAGAAAUACUGCGCCAGCAUCACCAACGAAUUCAUCAAGAAAAUAAAAUGAAGCAACAGCAGAGAAUACAACAGGAAGCGUUGGCGGUACAGAUAUUAAAACAACAACGUCUGCAACAGCAGGAAGCUAUGAGACAACAACAGAUACAGCAACAAAGGAUGCAGCAACAACAAAAACAACAGCAGCAGCAAAUGUUCGCACAACGACAACAAAUUAUGGCAGUUGAAAACAAGAAGGACCAACUGGUUAUGCCACAAAUGAUAACUGUGACGGGAGCGUUGCCGAAACUACCUAUCAUCGCCUCAAUUCCACCAGUUGGUAUGAUCGAAGCCGAGGCUCUUCCAUCAUCAAAAGCAACGGCUAAUUCAAUAUCAUCAAACGUUGGUUUGCCACCUUUCAUUGCGAUGCCGCAAUCAUCAUCAAAACUCACGGACAGAAUCAGUGGUAGUAGCACUCUUUUACAGGACUCGGAUAACGAAGUAUCGAAAGACGAUUUCACACAGCUACCAUUGCCGAGCGACGAGAUGGCUGCUUCGGUGAAUGAAAUGACGCUGCUGUCGCUGCAACCUCUUUCUGCAACUGAUACUAGUCUUCAACAAAACGAGAAACGACAAUCUAUACAACUACCUAGUAAUUUACCUUCCUUGGCACCCAUUCAAGGGAUGGAAACUUCGUUGAAGGCUCUCGCAGAAGCAAGUAAUAUUACUCUAGAAGCUCUGGAAGCAGCAAUUCAUCUGAGACAGCAACAGCUUCUUAAAAAACAACAGGCACUUACAAGUACUACCAGUACCACCACAACAUCCACACUUCCACCUCUUAAAAGUAAAUACAAUUCCGGAGCUACUAAAGUGAUGAAUGCGCCGCGGGAAUACUAUCCUGUUGGAUAUGACAAGAACUUUGACGAUAAUUUUGCAAGUCGCGUCGAUCUGCCGGAUACGAGCUUCUAUUGUGGUGAACAAAAGCAUUUCCCGGGUCUUUAUGCCGACGAAGACUUGGGAUGUAUGGUUUUUCACGUUUGCGCACUAACAGACGAUGGUCUAAUCAUGAAGAGUUUUCUGUGUCCAGAAUCGACGUUGUUCGAUCAAACGAUUCUGAAGUGCAACUGGUGGUUCUAUGUAGACUGUAAAUCUUCAAAGAACUUGUACGACAGUAAUAUACCCAUCAGUAAGAGCUACCAGCUGAUGAAAGCCUUGGCAUUUUUCUCAGCAUAUAAAAAUCACGAUAACAGUACAAACAAUCCAGAAGAAAGCGAAGAUAAUUCUUGA